CAUACUUUUCAGUUGGUCAAGAUUUCUAAAAAUCCUUUCUUUAUAUUGGUCUUACGUAAUAUUCUAAUUAUCUGAGAUACUGAAUUGGGGAUUUUCCUUAGGUGUCACUUAUAAUCAUCCAAAUUAAAAUACAUAAACAUUUAAAAUAUAUCCGCCUGUGUGUAAUGAAUUAAUAUAAUAUACAAGUUUCACUUUUUGAACGGAAUUAGUGAAACAACUUUUUGAUGAUAUUAUAUGACCAGGACCUGUAUAGUGUACAUUCCAACUUCCAACAAAGAUUCAACCUCCAACUUUAAAAGAGAACAAAUUUACACAUGCAUUUUGCCCAUUUUAUUUUCUCUGAAAGAUAAUAAAACCUUUUUGUUUUUCUUGUGAAAUAACAUGCACAGUAGAGUGCGACAGUCAUAUCCCCCAGAUUUUUAUUGGCCUGAUUCUAAGUUUUUCCUACUCAUUUUCUACAUUUCAAAAAAGGGUUAACUUGUACUAUUAAUAUGGAGGUAAUACUAAUAGACAAAGUCAAAACACUCUUAGUGUUGUCGUUGUUGUUGUUGUUUGUUUGUUUUGUCUACACAAUGGAAGUCAGUUGUCACUAAAACUCUUUUGUUGCCAACAUCAUCUAUGUUAAGCAGAAGAAAAAAGUCCUCGAGGUUUGAAAUGACAUGAGGGUGGAUACAUUACAUUUAAUCAUUUUGGGGUGAAUUGCUAUUAAGGAUUUAAAACGAGCUCUAUAAACAGCAGAAAUGUGCAUAUUACCCCGGUCAAGCUCAUAUCUCAAACAUAUGUGUGGAGCAGAGCAUUGGUGCUUCCAACACCAAGGACACCGAUUCUUUUCCAAGGAAAAGCAUGAACUGAUAAACAGAUAAAUGUAUAUAUUUAGUAGACAUAAAUUAAAACGCGUCUGAUAUAACUUCACUUAACAACAUUGGAACCCCGGAUUGGUUCAUUUUGAAUGUUUCCCAAAUUAUCACUAAAACUGUAUUUUUUAGUUAGGAAAUAAAUGGUGUUUUUGUCUUCUUGAACCCUUAUUGUUGCACAUUAUAAGACCAGGAAUCUGUAAUAGUUAACUAAUUAACCUUUAGCUGUUUGCUGCCAGUUGCCAUUCUUUCUUGAAUUAACUUUUUCUGACUCUUAUGUCCAACCCUGCACAGGUUUGCGGCACUGAACACUGAAGUUUUGCUUUCCACUGCUUGUUAUCACUGAUCAUUAUUUCUAAAGAGUCAAUCAAGAUGGCAUUUUUACUGCCAUAUUAAAAACUAUUGUUCAACAGGCUGCAAGAUUUCAGUUUCACUGUCAUUUGUAUCUAACACACCACUCGAGACAGCUGUCAGGCCAGCAGUUGCCAUCGAUGUCUGUGUGUAUGAGAGAGAAGCACAGACUGCUUGUCUGUUCAUCAUGUGUACUUGCAUUCCCUGGCAGCCCUCGCUGAGUCUUAAAUGCCAUGAGGGAGGCUGUGUAUGUAUGUGUGUGUUUAAAUCAAGCCCCUCUGGCUAAUAAAGGGGGCAGUUCAUGUCGCACUAUACCAUGUGUGGGUGGUGGGUGGCCCGAGCCCGACCUUCCUCUUCUGUUUCGACAUUGGUCUUUGCCAGCCCUGUGUGUAUCUGCUGUGUUGAUUUUCCUAUCAGACAGACGCCUAUCAUGCCUUUUCUCCUGGGGUUUAGACAGAGCCGGCUGUCUUGUGUAGGAGCUAACAACCAGAGCUACUUCUGUGAUUCGGGCCACUGCUGCGGAGAAUCUCAGUGUUGCAGCUAUUACUACGAGGUGUGGUGGUUUUGGUUGGUUCUGACUCUCAUCAUCAUUCUGGGCUGCUGCUGUGUGUGUCACCACCGUCGAGCCAAACAAAGACUGCAACAACAGCAACGGCAGCAUGAGAUCAACCUCAUCGCUUACAGAGAAGCCCAUAAUUACACUUCUCUACCCUUCUAUUUCAGGUUCCUGCCUGGUUACCUCUUACCCGCAUACGAGGAAGUGGAGAACAGACCUCCGACGCCCCCGCCUCCGUACAGUGCCUCUCAGCCAGGCCAGUCCCCCAGCACUGACUCCCUGUGCUCUGAACAACCAGAUGAACUCUGCCCUCCACUGGAGUCCAGCCCCGUCGUCCCGUCUGCAUCUGACAACUGUUCCCCGGGACCCUGCGUAGAGCAGCCACAUACUCCCACUGCACACCGCCCUGUCAGAAACACCCACAAGCCACAGUACCUCAGCCGAGAAGAGGACGGGCAGCCCCAGCAGGUGGCGUGCGCUACAUCACAUAGCCUGCUCAAACAGGGCAGCUCCGGCGAGGAUCUAACUGAACCCAUAGGAGACUGUUCUCCCGAAAGCAAAGAAAAGACUCCAGGACGCCACCGGCGCUUCACAGGUGACUCUGGGAUUGAGGUAUGCGUUUGCAACCAGGGGCCCGGGGACGGAGAGGAUGAGGAGAUGAAAGAGCUUGUUGGGCACAUGGAUGGAGGGGUGCACGAGCAGCAGGACUUCUGUGAUAGCUGCAACCCCCACAGCAGCAGCUGCCCUCCUCGUGGUCCGGGGGAUGAGGAACAGGGCCUGGCUGCCUCAGAUGUGCCUCUAGAGCAAAGAGAGCAUCAGCGACCUCCAGUCUGCCUCCAUCUGCACACCAUCAAUGAACAGGAUGGUCCAUAUCACGCCAAUAACACGGACCCCCAGAGUUGAGCACAACCGGUUCCAGCAGAGACUUACUUUAGACUGCUGUCUCCCUUUACUUUCUCAAAAUACAUCAGUUUGUACUGUCAGCAAUGUCACUUUGGGUGUACUUUGGUGUGUGUGAGAAUGAGUGAGAGUGUUUUAAAAGGGUGUUAAUGUGUGAGUCCUUACGGUUUUUAUGGAUUAAUAGGGUAAUCUAGUAAAGACGUUAAUAGGUCUGUUGCCUCCCAGAGAGGUCACGAUUAAUGCCACAGGGGAAAUUCUCCUCAGUUUAUAGCCUUAUCGAGCUUUGUGGGACAUGCCUGUAGGCUUUUUGUUGGUUUUUGGGGGCUGAAUGCCUCCUACUGAGAUGAAGAUGGCUCUCAAGGUUGGGGAUACUUGCUUUUGCUCUUGAAUUCUUACCUUUAAUAACAUUUUAAAAUACUUAAAAGGGCCCAAAACAGAGCGAUCUGUUAAUAUUUAGUCACUGUCAUGGUGUUCCAAAUGCACAAGAUUUCUGUUUAUCUUUAAAACACAAAUAUAUUUUUAAUAAAACCAGAGAGAUCCAUUUUAAAACAGUCUAUUCCACUAAAAGUUGAUGCUUUUAAAAAAUUAAAGAUUGUAAAAUAAAUCCAUAUGCAUAUACAUAGAGCACAUCAAAUAUGGUAAACAAAAGAUGAAACAUAUGUGAUGCACGAGAACCAGUGACGUUUCUUACACAACAAGCAAGUACAGUUGAACUUGUGUUUCUCUGUGUUCCCUGAUCAAUGUUUAUAUGUGAAUAAAGCUUACAUUUCAGAGGAGGUACAGAAAUUAUACAGGUUAGAUUAAAGGUAUUUAAAUUUUUGUUUCAAAAAAAGCUAAAGUCUUAUACGUUUGAAAUGAUAUGAAGCUGAAUAAUUGAUAACAGAAUUAGCUUUUUUUUUU